UAAACCGACGUCCCAGGGAGGACAACUUCAGGAAAUAGCGGAAACACUAAACAGUGACAAUAGUGCAGAGUGUGAUUGGACGAGUAGUUCAGAAAAUCAAGAUGGAGGCAGCAGAAGCUCUCAUGAUAGCACCUCUAUGGUCAACACAGAGCUGGUUCAAUUCGCUCCUAGAAUUGUCAGUCGACUGUCCUCGAUUGCUGCCCAAGUCCAAGCACCUCCUGACACUCGGCCAUCUACCACUGAAAGUACACCCACUACUUCAACAAGGCAAGUUGAAACUGGCGGCCUUCCGCUUGUCCGGGAAGUCCUGCAAGGUCAAGGAAUUCAGGGCUCUGCUGCAGACAUCAUCUUGCAUUCAUGGAAAGGUACCACCAAGAAACAGUAUAGGACAUAUCUGCGAAGGUGGAUGCAAUUUUGUUGUGAAAGGGGUAUUAAUUCCAUUUCACCAUCUUUAAAUGAUGGUUUGAGUUUUUUGGAGCUUCUUUAUCAGAAAGGACUGAGUUAUUCUGCUAUAAAUUCAGCACGGUCUGCGUUAUCAUCUGUAGUAAAAGUAGAUAAUGUGCAAUUUGGACAGCAUCACCUUGUCAUCCGAUUUAUGAAGGGUAUAUUCAAUUUAAGGCCUAGCUUCCCCAGAUAUAACGUCACAUGGAAUGUAUCUGUUGUUUUGCAAUAUCUUAAAGCACAAUCUGACUCAGAUUUGAAAGAGCUUACUACUAAGUUGGCUAUGUUACUGUUAUUAUUGUCAGGACGUCUUCAAUCCCUCCAUUUGAUAGACUGUAGAAAUGUAGAUAUUGUAGACAAUAGUAUUAGGAUUAGAUUUGGAGAUUUAUUAAAGCAAACAAGACCUGGACACCAUCAAGAGGAGAUAACCAUCCCUGGAUUUUCAGACAAUAGAUUAUGUGUUGUUAAGUUGCUCAAAGACUAUGUUCAUGUGACUAAAGACCUCAGAGGAGAUGAAACUGCUUUGUUUAUUGCAGUACAAAAGCCUCACAAACGAGUGAGCAAAGACACUAUUUCCCGAUGGAUUCGAGGUGUUCUUGCUGCUACAGGAAUAAACCUGGCAAUGUUUAAGCCUCACAGUGUGAGAUCAGCCUCAACAAGCGCAGCUGCAGCUGCCAAUGUGCCACUCGCCACUAUUUUGAGGACUACUGGUUGGAGUAACCAAUGUGUGUUCAGGCAGUUCUAUGAUAAGCCUAUAUCUGACAAUGGACAAUUCGGAGAGACUUUAUUGUUAAUGGCUCAGAAUGAUAACCCUUAA